UCCCUCCGCCCUCCGCCCUCCGCCCCCACCAUGGGCGCCACCGCUGCCCCGGCCCCAGCUUGUGCCGAGUUCUCCAAGAUGUCCUGUGAAGACUGUCUAAGAAACAUCUCCUGCCUGUGGUGCAGCACCAAGGAGACCUGCCUGGAUUACCCCGUCAGCAGCCUCCUCCCUUCCUCGUCCUUGUGUCCGCUGGCGGACACUCGCUGGGCCGCCUGCUGGAUCAACCUGGAAGCACUGGUCAUUGCCAUGUCUGUGAUCGUGGGGAUCCUUCUGUUGUCCGUGACCAUAUGUUGCUGCUACUGCUGCUACUGCAGAAAGCGGGCAAGGAGGCUGGAUGACGACGAAGACAGACUGGUCAGACAGCGAGAGGAGCGAAGAAUGCAGUCCCUUCAGCGGAAACACGAGAGGAAGAAACAGCACGAUGAGAUCCGCAAGAAAUAUGGUCUUCUCCAGGACUCAGACCACCCUUACAGCCGCUUGGAGAACGACUAAGCCGGGAGGAGACCCAUCUGGGGAGCUCACGUUCCCGUUCCAGAUCCCGUUCCGCUGUCCCCGUUCUCCUGCUUUCUGGCUGGGCAACCGGCCCGCUGCAGCACACUGGGCCGGUGGGGAGGAGAUUGGUGCCCAGAGAGCUUGUGUCAUAAGGCACUUUAAAUUGGUCAUUUUAAAAAUCAAGUUUCGGGGCUGGCACGUCCCUGAAAGUUUGGGUUCCUUUAUCCUGCCUGUGGGUGGAGAGAAUGAGUGAGAGUGUGUAUGUGUGUGUGCAUGUGUGUAAGUCUGAGUUUGGGCUGAGGACAACCUCCUGCCAAAAUAAGCCCAACCAUCCAGAUGCUGGUAAUCAGGAAGAUUUCCCAGCUCUGAGAAGAUUGCUCCUCCCUGCAUCCUCCAGUUCUGGGAAAUCCCUCUUGAGGGGCCCAGGGGUCCAACCACUGGGAGACCAACUCACUGCUCACAAAGGGUGUGUGCCCCCUCAUCAAAUCACAUUUCCGAGGGAUGUAUGGCCCUAAAAGACGACAAGCGGAACGCUAACUCGGGGGUCCCCCUGCCGAGGAGUUGGGGGUGGGAAAUGCUGACCCUGCAGCUGGAUGCUCACGUCAAUGCCUUUGACCUGGUUUUACUAAAAGCUGCUGCACAAUAAAGCUAAUUUUCCCUGAAGAG